UCCCAGGAGAUACUGGAUAAAAUGGGCCAGCAGAAUCUGACAAUGCUACCCAAAUUCAUUCUACUGGGGGUCACAAGGUGUCUGGAGCUGCAGGGUCCCCUUUUUGGGGUCUUUCUCCUCAUCUACAUGGUCACAGUGGUGGGCAAUCUGGGCAUGAUAAUCCUGACAAAGGUGGACUCCUGCCUCCACACACCUAUGUAUUUCUUUAUCAGACACCUGGCUUUCAUUGAUCUUGGCAAUUCCACUAACAUUUGUCCCAAGAUGCUGAUAAAUUUUGUUGUGGAGCAGAAUACCAUUUCCUAUUAUGCCUGUGCCAUGCAGAUGGCUUUCUUCAUUAUGUUCAUUAUCAGUGAAUUUUUCAUGUUGUCAGCUAUGGCCUAUGACCGCUAUGUGGCCAUCUGUAACCCUCUGCUCUAUAGUGUUAUCAUGACACCAAGGGUUUGCCAUGUGCUUGUGGGUAUCCCCUACCUCUACAGCACAUUCGUAUCUCUGAUGUUCACCAUUAAGACUUUUACAUCAACUUUCUGUGGCUCUAAUAUCAUUAUGCACUUCUACUGUGAAGAAGUUAUUUUGCUAUCCAUGCUGUGCUCAAAUGCACAAGAACUAGAAAGGUUGACCAUAACAUUUUCAGCAUUUAAUUUGAUUUCCUCUCUUUUGGUAGUCCUAGUGUCCUACACAUUGAUUCUCAUAGCCAUAUUUCAAAUUCAUUCUGCUGAAGGCAGGAAAAAAGCUUUCUCCACAUGUGUUUCUCAUCUGACAGUGGUGGUUGUGUUCUAUGGGACUCUACUGUUUAUGUACCUACAGCCCAAAUCUGCUCACUCUGCUGAUUCUGACAAAAUGUCCUCUGUGUUUUACACUUUAGUUAUUCCAAUGCUUAACCCCUUAAUCUAUAGUUUAAGGAACAAAGAGGUAAAAAAAGCCUUCUAUAGGGUUUUUAGGAACACACACAGUAUUUUUAUUUCAAAUUCAUCGUAG